AUGGACCGCAGAAGGUCGCCACCACCACGCAAUUACCGAGACCAGGAAUACGACAGACAACGAGACUCUGGACGGCGUGAUGGCGGCAGCCGGCGGUAUCCAGAAGAGCGUGACCGCGAGUCCAAUCGGCGAAGACGUGAAGACGAGCAAUACGGCUACUCUGAGCGCGAACGGGAACGGGAACGGAAUCGAGAUAGGGACCGUUAUGAAAGCAGCUCAAGACGACGUUCUGCUUCGCCUCGACGACGGGGCUCGCGUUCACUUUCUCCAAGAAGCAAGGCCAAACCGGAUUUCAAGGCAUCAGGGUUGCUGGCCGCAGAAACUAACACAGUGCGGGCUGCUAAUGGCGACUCCACCGUACUCAAAUACAAUGAGCCUCCAGAGGCACGAAAACCAAUAGUAGGCUGGAGAUUGUACGUGUUCAAAGGCGAAGAGCAGGUCGAACUACUCCAUAUUCAUCGACAGAGCGCAUACCUGAUCGGGAGAGACCGUAUCGUGGCUGAUAUCUCCGUCGACCACCCGUCGUGUUCCAAGCAGCAUGCAGUCAUUCAGUAUCGUUUCAUCCAACAAAAAGAUGAAUUCGGGACGUCCAAAGGCGUUAUCAAGCCGUUUAUCAUAGACCUCGAAUCGACGAAUGGCACCUUUGUGAAUGGUUCAGCCAUUCCUGUGUCGCGGUACUAUGAGUUGAAGGCCAGCGAUGUAAUCAAGUUCGGUACUUCCACGCGAGAAUAUGUCCUACUACAUGACGAAGCAUCAUGA